AUGAAGGCGCGCUACCCGGUAUCCAGCGUCCUAGAUGAACUCUCCGAGGACCAGGUCGCACUCAAGAUAGCGCGUCAUUCGGCUUGUUCUGAGUGCUCUGAUUGUUCUGGCCUACACCCGCCGCCCUCUGUAGACCUCGUCCGCGACGUCGCGAGCCUCAAGUCUGAGAACUCGCUGACCGAUCUUGCUGGCUACGGGUCAGAUGAUGACGACGAAGACGACUCGGGACUGGAUUAUCUGGCUACAUGCGCCUGUGGUCAUUCUUCGAGAGAGCACGGAGCGCUCGCGGAGGUGGACAGAGCCGAACUUCAGCGCCGAGCGCUCAUAGCUGCGCGCCUUGAUGCGCUGCUCGAGAACAAGAACAAGCUGCUUGACUUCGAGUACACGGAUCACGAGAUUACUGCCCUUCGGCACGAGAUGCUGCCAGCUCCUGCUGCUGCAACUAGUCCGCUAACCGAUCCAGUUCCGGCUUCACCUGGUCACGCGAAGCGAGAUUCUCAGCACUCAACCUCGUCAUUCGGCGGUUCGGAAGAUUCUCAGCCUCUCGCGAAGCGCAGGCGUAUCGCUUUCGACGAAGAUGCAGAUGCGGACGCCGAUGCAGACGCCGAUGCAGACGCCGAUGCGGACGCCGACGCGGAUGGGGAUGACGAUUCUGGGGAUGAGGAUAAGCCGUUAGCGCUCGCAGCUCGUGCACAGAAGAGUACGCCACGCCGAGGAGGUGGGAAGACGUCCGGUAUGAGCAUGAAGGCGAAGGGUCAUCUGGGUCAUACCGGUCAUACCGGUCCUGCCGUGGUUCCACCACCAACCGGCGAAGUUCAAGCCAUCAUGAACGGCGAGAUAACUCCUGUGGAUGGGCGACCGAAGACCACGAUGGAGGAGCAGAUGAGCGAUAAACAGCUGGAUCGUCUGGCCGGAGGUGUAACCGUCGACACGGGUAGUGCGGAAUCUAUGGCGCCUACCGAGAAACGUGAGAAACCAUCUAUGCGCGAGCUCCGCACGGAUGUGAUCAGGAUUAUACCCGUUGAAAACGACGGCGAACCACUAUCACGCAUUCUUUUGGUCAACCUCAAGUGUUUGUUCCAAAAGCAGCUUCCCGUCAUGCCUCGCGAAUACAUUGCGCGCCUGGUAUUUGACCAUACGAGUAAAAGUCUCGCCAUCAUCAAACGCGGAUACAAGGUCGUCGGUGGUAUCUGCUUUCGCCCUUUUCCUCAUCGCGGAUUCGCCGAGAUCGUCUUCUUCGCCACGUCUUCCAACGAUCAAGAAAAGGGCUAUGGCGCAAUGCUGAUGAACCACUUUAAGAUGCACAUUCGCCGCGUGUAUCCGGACAUGAAGCACUUCCUCACUUACGCAGACAACUUUGCUGUGGGCUACUUCCGAAAACAGGGCUUCACGAAGGAUAUUACCCUCGACCGCUCUGUCUGGGCCGGAUAUAUCAAGGAUUACGAAGGCGGCACGAUCAUGCAAUGCACUCUUCUCGAUAAAGUCGACUACUUGGACGUCGCUUCGACUGUCGCCGCACAGCGCGAAGCCAUACUCGCGAAGAUUCGCCAGAUGAGCAAGAGCCACGUCAUAUACCCCGGCUUGCCCCAGUUCCAACCUGGUCAACCUGAUGGCGUAACGGUCGAUCCUAAGGAUGUUCCUGGUCUGCGCGAGAGUGGCUGGACACCUGACAUGAUUGCACCCGCUGCGCCUGCGGCCAUCUCGCCGACUGAUCGCAACAUCAUGAAUCGCGUUCUCUCUGACAUGCAAAUGCAUUCUUCUGCUUGGCCGUUCAAGCAACCCGUCAGCAGGGAAGAAGUGCCGGAUUACUACAACGUUAUCGACACACCAAUGGACCUCGCGACGAUGGCGACGAAGCUUGAGAAGGGCGAGUACACCACGCUCGACGAGUUCCUGAAUGAUUGCCAGCUCAUCUUCGACAACUGCAAGUUCUACAACCCCGAGGACUCGAUAUAUGUCAAGUCCGCCGUCAAGCUCGAGGAAUGCAUGCAUGAGUCGUUGCGACGCGCACGGGGUUAUUGA